GUACUGUGUGGUUGCUGUUGUGUUAUAGCUCUACUUCAAUUUACUCUGCACCAUCGAAACUUUCCUGUACUCGGCCGGUGCAGAUGGGGCUCUUCCGUCCUGCAGUUUUCCUGACCAUUUUAACUCUGAGCUCAACCAUCAAUGCGGGAAAAUGUCCCAAACCAUGCCGCUGUGAUGAUGCCAAACGGACAGUGGCCUGUGUCGGCAAAAACUUAACGGAGAUUCCCCUGGGAGUAGGUGAGCCGACACUCAAACUGGAUCUGAAGAGGAACAACCUCCAGAUGUUACCCAGAGGUGCUUUUCUUCACACGCCGCACCUCACCCACCUCAGUCUCCAGCGGUGCGGCGUCGUGAUGGUGAAGGAGGGCGCGUUUCGCGGUCUCGGUCGAGUGGUCUACCUGAACCUGGCCUACAACAAAAUUGACAUCCUUUAUCAGGAAUCCUUUGACGGCCUCUCGGCCUUGAAGGAGCUGCGCCUGGACCACAACCUUAUCGAGGAGAUCCGGCCUGGAGCCUUCGCGCAGCUCGGCUUUCUCAACACGCUGACCCUCGCCCACAACCACCUGGUUUACAUCCCCGACAUGGCCUUCCAGGGCUUGCAGAACACGAAGUGGCUUCGUCUCAGCUUCAACUCCCUGAACAACCUGGCGGCCGAAGCGUUUGCGGGGCUGUUCACGCUCAGACGCCUCAGCCUGGAUCACAACGAGCUGCAGUUCUUCCCCACACAGACAAUGACAAGGCUCCCUGAAGUCAAACGGCUGGAGUUGAGCUAUAACCCCAUGACCUACCUGGAGGAAGAAUCCGUCUGGAUGGGGAAGCUGACACACCUCUACCUGGACCACUCGUCCCUUCAGGAUCUGUCGGACCAGGCGUUUUCCCAGGCCGGCCUCCUGGUCCACGUUGACCUCGGCCACAAUCAGCUUCGAUGCCUGGAGCCGCUCUCAGGCCCAGCAAAACUGAGCGUCCUCAACCUGACCGGCAACCCGAUCCACUGCAACUGCCGCGUGAGGCGGCUGAAGGAAUGGGCGACCGCCGGAGGAGUGGAGCUGCUGGGAGCCUGUGCAGGACCAGCCCACCUCUCUGAUGAGCCGCUGCAGGCUGUGACCUCCAUGGAUCUGCGCUGCCGCGGCGGAGCUGAGGCCCUGGAGGAGCAAGAGGGGGAGAGCGAUGGAAACAUCACAGCCACUGCCAAGCCCAAGCAGACAGCCAAGUGUCCACUUGACUGUGAAUGCGACACUGAAGCCCACCACGCCUCAUGUGAGAGCCGCGGUCUUAACAAAGUCCCCCGGGGCUUCCCGCUCAGGACGCAGCUGCUCAAUCUUCGUGGCAACCACUUCCAUUUCAUCCCCGCCCGAAGCUUCCUGGGCGCUGGUCACGUUGCGUCUCUGCACCUGGACUUCUGCAAAAUCCACGAAAUCGAAGCUGGGGCCUUCCGUCCAAUGAGGAACCUGGUGUAUUUGUACCUGUCUGACAACGACCUCACGUCUUUGGAGCCCAAAGCUUUGGCGGGACUCCCACAGCUCGUCUAUCUUCACCUGGAGGGGAACCGGCUGACACAAUUCCCCGGAGCAGCUCUGUCACUCGUACCAAAUUUGUCCGUCUUGCACCUGGAGCGAAACGCCAUCUCGAGGCUGGAGCCUGCUGGUUUACUGGCCUCAGCUGCUCCGUCUCUCAUGAAGCUCUAUUUGAGGGGCAACGCCAUUGGCGGAAUCGCCAAAGGCGCCCUGAACUCCGCUAACAUCGAAACGCUCCACCUGGAUGCAAACCGGCUGACCCGGGUGCCGUCCGACGCUCUGACCGACACGCCGAACCUGGUGGAGCUGAGCCUGUCUCAAAACCCGGUCCGGUGGCUCGGACCCGAGACCUUCCAGGAGACGUCACACCGUCUUCAGAGGCUUUACAUGAAUCAGAUGGGGCUGGAGGAGAUGUCGAAAGAGGCUCUGCUGGGCCUGGGUCCACAUCUGAAAGUUCUGACCGUGAGAGGAAACCAGCUGAAGACGCUUCCGGACCUGAGCCCGCUCAGCGGCCUCGAGAUGAUCGACCUGCGGGACAACCCUCUGGUCUGUGACCGUGACCUGCUGCCCCUGCGAAGGUGGAUGGAGAGAGUGAAGUCGGACGUUUUGGCAACAUGUCGUCACCCUCUAGAGCUUAAAGGUCAGAAGGUUAUGGACACCAAUGUGUUCGCAACCUGUCCAGAAAGCACAGCUUCUCCGACCGAGAUGGAUCCUGCAGGACGCGCAGCUGCCGGACUUCAAUCCGCCAGAGCGAAGACAAAGGCCAGAAAAGCUCGAAGCACCCAGUGAAACAUAAGUAGGUCAAAAAAACAAGAAGAUGAACAAAGCAAGUGGAGGAAAUUGAGUUUGUGUUAGUUUUUUUUUUAUUUUAGUCUAUUAGUGUAUUGUAGAAUCAAGUUAAAGUAGUCACUUUAGUAUUUAACCAUAAAGUAACCUUUGUUUCACUCAAAUGGAAACACAUGCAGUUAAAUGGUUGGAUAGAGGUCAAAAUCCUCUAUGAAUAUUUAUUUCUUGUCAUCCAUCUGUGAUUAAUAAAUUUAUAAAUUCCUUCUGCUGAUUAAUAAAAAGAGUACAUUUUUCUUAAAUUAAAAUUGUAUUGAGGAUUUUUUUGCUUUUACCUGAGUAAAAUUUUUAUCUGAGUAAAAUUUUUACACUUGGUAACUUGUAUUUGAGUAAUAUUCUGGACUCUUUCCACCUAUUUUUACACUUUGAAUGUUGAGUCUGGUUCUCUUUCAUCAAUGACUCCCUUCCUUUCCUCAAAGAUGGGGGCCUAAUGUUUACUGAUUUUUACUAAUGUUCAGGGCUUACUCUGUCUUGUGCCUCUUGUAAGAUCAUCCAUCAAACACACAUAAAGGAGAAUA